AGCAGGAGCAACAAAAGCAGUAAAUCCAUCAACACCAUGACCGGCCCCAGCACCAGCAGCAGGCUCAGCGCUGACUUGGUCGUGGUCGGGGGAGGCAUCGCGGGGGUGUCGUGCGCCGAGGCGCUGGCGGUGUUGUCUCCGGACGCCUCCGUGCUGCUCGUCUCCGCGUCGCCCCUCAUCAAGGCGGCCACCAACGUGCAGCCGCUCACCAAGUACCUGGUGCGCUUUGACGUGGAGGAGCAAGACGCGGCGUGCCUGACGCAGCGUUGCCCCACCGUCCAGGUGAUCCACGACGAGGUGGUGGCUCUGCACCCGGCCGGCCAGGGCGGCCAGGGCGGCCAGGACGGCGGCGAGCUCGUGACCUCCUCGGGGCGGCGCGUGUCGUUCGGACGCGUGUGCGUGUGCGCUGGCGCUCGCCCCAAGCCCACUCUGACGGACCACCCCCUGGUGCUGACGCUGCGCGACACCGAGUCCGUCCGCACGCUGCAGGCCCGGGUGGCAGGCGCGCGCCGCGUGCUGGUGGUGGGCAACGGAGGCAUCGCCACCGAGCUGGUGCACGAGGUGCGCGGCGUGGAGGUGGUGUGGGUGGUGCGCCACGACCACAUCUCGGCCGCGUUCGUGGACGCGGGCGCCGCAGAAUUCCUUAUGCCAGCCGCCACGCAGGACAGCAUGUCCGCGACCAAGGACGCCGACGACGUCGCCAAGCCCGUGGUGAAACGCAUGCGGUACACGGAGGCAAAGGCGGAGCCCUCGCAAGGCGCGGGAGCGGCGCUGGGCCCUGAUUGGCACGCCCACUGGGAGCUCCACGGCCGCGACGAGUCCAAGGCGCGGCCUCUGCGCGUCGAGUACGGGUGCGAGGUGGCCCGCAUGCUGCCCGGUGACGACCGCUGGCCUGCCUACGCCGAGCUCACCAACGGCGUCACCAUCGGCGUGGACCUGGUGGUGUCCGCCACCGGCGUCGUUCCCAGCGUGCACGCGUUUGCGAACGGCAACCCGACGCUGCGGCUGCACGACGACGGCGGCAUCCUGGUGGACGAGCACAUGCGGUCCAGCGUGCCGCGCGUGUUCGCCGCGGGCGACGCGUGCACGGCGGGCUGGGCGCACGCCAAGCACUGGUUCCAGAUGCGGCUGUGGACGCAGGCGCGCCAGAUGGGCGCGUACGCGGCGCGCUGCAUGGUCGCCGACAAGGACGGCGCCAUCGCGGAGGUGCUGCAGGACUUCUGCUUCGAGAUGUUCACGCACGUGACCCGCUUCUUCGGCCACAAGGUGGUGCUCCUCGGCCUGCACAACGGCCAGAAGCUGGACCGCGGCGAGUGGGAGAUGAUGCUGCGCGCCGUCAAGGGCAAGGAGUACGUCAAGCUGGUGCUGCAGCAAGGCCGCGUGCAGGGCGCGGUGCUCGUCGGCGACACGGACUUGGAGGAGACGUUCGAGAACCUAAUCCUGGAUCAGGUGGACGUGUCCCACCUCGGGGAGGACCUGCUCAAUCCCCACGUCGACGUCGAGGACUACUUUGACUGAGGGCUGUUCGCUGGGGUAGUUUACUCAGGAAAACCACCAUUUCCUAACGAGCAUUUGUCUGAUGAACUGUAUUAGAUUAGUGUGUUAUUUGAAUUGUUUGAUUAAAUAAAUUGCGUUUAUCUGA